AUGACUCUGAGCUCGGAGAUGUCCGAUGCCUCGGGACUGGCUGAAGAGACCGACAUCGAUGUGGUGGGCGAGGGCGAGGAGGAAGACGAGGAGCCCCGGCGCGGCGGGCGCCCCUAUGCCCAGGAGGAGGAAGAGGAGGAGGAGGAGGAAGACGAGGAGGUGGGGGAGCUCCCCGAUGACAUCUCGCUGCCCAGGUCCCCGGCGUGCGGCGGCGCGGGCAGCUCCCCCACCUCCUCCCAGCGCCCCUACAAGGCGGCGGCGGGCGGCGGCGGGGCCAGCAAGAACAGCCUGGUGAAGCCGCCCUACUCCUACAUCGCGCUCAUCACCAUGGCCAUCCUGCAGAGCCCCAAGAAGCGCCUGACGCUCAGCGAGAUCUGCGAGUUCAUCAGCGGCCGCUUCCCCUACUACCGGGAGAAGUUCCCCGCCUGGCAGAACAGCAUCCGCCACAACCUCUCGCUCAACGACUGCUUCGUCAAGAUCCCCCGCGAGCCCGGCAACCCGGGCAAGGGCAACUACUGGACCCUGGACCCGGAGUCCGCCGACAUGUUCGACAACGGCAGCUUCCUGCGCCGGAGGAAGCGCUUCAAGCGGCAGCCGCUGCCGGCGCCCGAGCUGCUGCUGCGCGGGGUGGAUCCCGGCACCUUCCUGCAGCAGCAGCCGCCGCCGCCGCAGCCGGCGCCCUACGGCUACGGACCCUACAGCUGUGGAUAUGGCAUUCAGCUCCAGCCUUACCACCCGCACUCCGCCGCCCUCUUUGCCUUUCACCACCACUCCCCGCCGGCCCGGCAGCCGCCCCCGAGCGCCGCCGGCCCCGUCCUGCCUCCUGCUGCUGCUCCUGCAGCUCCACCAGCCUCCUUACUGCCAGCGGCGGAGCUGGCCAGGACCUUCAGCUACCCGCCCCAGCUUAGCCCGUCCCUGACUUCUUCUCUGCACGCUGCCAAAUCCAGCAGCUCGGCUCUGGCCCGGUCCCCCUUCUCCAUUGAGAGCAUCAUCGGGGGGGCUGGCAGCAGCUGUGCGUCCCAGUCUGCGGUGGUUCCCGUCUUAGCCAGGUCUCUGGUUUCUUCGUCCUCCGUUUCUUCUGCCGCCGCGGCCUUAGGGGCACUGCACCAAGGGACAGCCUUGUCCAAUGUCGAAAACUUUACUGCUAGGAUUUCAAAUUGUUAA